ACAUGACAGGUUAACUAACAUUUACUGUGAUGAUGGAACUAGAUGUGAUGUAUGAUCCUAGGUGUGAAUGAGAUGUUAGUCAGAACUUCUGGAUCCAGGAGAGCUGAGUUCUGGAUGGAACAGAAUUUGGUUUGUGUUAAGCUAUGAGGUUGAUUAUUAUCAAAAACACAUCAGAUGCUAUCUGUCAUGUCUACGUACCCACUCGAAGACCCUCGUGAUAGAUCCGGAAUGUCGAAGUUCUCGGACUCCCAGGCACCGAGGUCCGUAGAAGAAACUGCAGCCCCACUAAACCGGUCUUAGUUGUCUCCAGGUCACAACAGACGGAUGGAACCGCGCGUCUCUGGAGGACUCUUGAGGAGUCUAAACAACAUCAGCUUGUUCUGCAGGAACUGUGUUGCUGUGUCAGCUUCGCAGGGGCAAAAAGGUUUUGACGACGUGUCAAAAGCUUUGAUGGUUAAGGAGGGUGUUGCUUCAGAUGACCGGUCUGAAGCUUUCUCUAGAACCGAGGAAAAACCAGAGUGAUCUGGUUUUAAUGUUCUCAUGUUAUGAUUGUGUAGCCAACCAGAGGUUGACAAGUUUGAGGAUAUUACCAAGAAUCUCAGAAACACGCCUUCUUUGAUCCGGAGGCUCUGAUCUGGGGUAAAGACUAUUUAUGUGUCAUGGGCUUAACUUUACCUCACUGUUCUUGUGUGAGUGCAAAUGUUAUGACCAGGUCAAGUAAACAUGCUGAAACUUAUAUCAUUGAGCACAGGUUAAUGAAACAUCAAAUUAUUUUAUAAUCAUAAGUAGCAAUAAACAAACAUUUAUUUACUGAUUAUCUAGUUUUUAAGUUUUAGAAGUUCAUAUUUAAUUUUUAAAUCUUCUUCUGUGAAGCAAGGAGUCUUGGAUAAGAGGGUGCUCUGUGAGGGACCUUGAGGAGAGAAUGUUAUUGUUAUGAUUAGUUCAGGACCGUGUGGCUUGUUGGCAGAUAGAAUAUAAAAUCCACCUCGUGUGAUGGAAUCAGGUCUGUAGAUGACCGACGACCUAUAGGUCAGUCCGUAGGUGAAAACUGACCAUUUAGGGGCAUCAGUAGCUCAACAGGUAGAGCGGGUUGUCCAGUAAUCGGAAGGUUUCAGGUUCGAUCCCGGCUCCGGACAGAGAACUCUGCUGUUGUGUCCUUGGGCAAGACACUUAACCCACCUUGCCUGCUGGUGGUGGUCGGAGGGUCCGGUGACGCUUGUGCUCGGCAGCCUCGCCUCUCAUCACCACCAGUGUGUGAAUGGAUGAAUGAUACACUGUAGUGUAAAGCGCUUUGGAGUCCUUACUCUGAGAGGCGCUACACAAGUGCGGGUCAUUUAUCAUUAUCAUUAUCAUUUGUGGACAUUACAAAUGCAGUUGUCACUGUAAUGCUGACUGAUGGAAGUUUGUGGGCGUUUCAUCGUCAAGGAAACCCAGAAAAGCUGCUGUUUGGGUCGUUUGUAAACCACAAACUCAACUGAAAGAUUGGUAAAGCCCUAACCCCUUUACUCCCUUAUGAAAGAGUAAAGAGCAUUUCUGCCCUCCAUAUAAAAUCUUUGGUUUGAAUGUUUGAUGUAAACUGACACAUCCCCUACAAGGUGGUGCUCACCCCCGCCACGUGGACCCAAGGGAUAAACCAUCUACCCUGCUCAAUGGUCAGCUUUCCUCGCGGGGUCACACCCAUUAGGACAGUGGGAGGGUUGAAGGUGUACACGUGAAGUCUGACUCUGUUGAGUCCUUGUGCACGGGUCAGCAGCUCUGCAGGACCUCCCUGGAAACCAGGUUUGAUCAUUUCUGGAGAAAAUUUCACUUGGAUGGUUUUAAGUGUCAUCUUGUCCCAAUUCCUCUAACUUAACAGAAAAUAGCUUUUAAAAGCGGAGCAUUUUAAGAGUUUUUUAUGUUACUGAAGCCUGAUAGUCCUAAAAUGCCCGCUUUUAUCACCAGAUUUCAUCCGUUUUCUCCAGAUUUGGAGGCGUGAAAGAAUGAGGUCGAUGUCUGAAAUGCUGAAAAGUGCAGAAAAUACGUGAAUACUUGAUUUUUUUUAAGUCUUGGAGCUUCCUGAACAUAAAGGUAGAGGUAUUCCUAUUCCUGAUGUUUCCCACCUUGCUGCUGCUACAGAGGGGAGGAAAACAUCAGGAAGGCCUGUUGAGCUUAGAAACCCACCGAUGAUUGCUCCCUUCCUGAUUACCAGCCCAAUGAAAACCAGAAAAUCCUCCCUGAACAUAAAAGAUACCGACUCUUGAUUAAGCUUAACUGGAAGAACAGGAAGCAGGCCUUCCGCAUUCCACGGUGGGAAAAGCUUCCUUUUGUUGUAGCGUUUGGUGCCGUACGGAGCCGCCUCCGGCUUUACUCCACGGUCCAGCUGGAGAGAGGUCAUGAAGAGAAGCGUCCCUCACCACUCCCGAUGGGCCGAGAGACGAUCCGCUCUGGUUUAUGCGGUCCGGUCCGCCGCUUUCGGCUCCUGGAGGAUGCUGACCCUGGGGGCGGACUACGAGGACACCUGGGCUCCGUCGUUUGACCGGAAGAGCGGCGGUUUAAAACCGGCGAAGGAGGACCCGGAGCUCUCCGAGGAGACGGAUGGUUAUACCGGAGAGCUGCUGGAGCCGACCUGGCGAGCCGUCCAGGAGGACACGGUGAACUACGACACGGUUCUACUCCUGGACGGAGGGCCCAGGGCGGCGGCGAGAGACGGUGUCCGCCGGGCUGUUUGGAAGCACGAAACGCUGAAUAACUCCCCACUGAGCCACAGAAUGGCUCGCUUCGCUGACGAUCUUCCCACCCGGUAUGGAGGAAGCGCGAGCGGCGCGGGGAGAGGAGGACCGGGCGCCGGGAGAGGGGGCAUCCGGGCAGGGCAGAGGAUGUACAAGCAGUCGAUGGCCCAAAGAGCCCGAACCAUGGCCAUUUACAACCCGAACCCCGUCAAGCAGAACUGCUUCACUGUGAACCGCUCCCUCUUCAUCUUCCGAGAGGACAACCUCAUCAGGAAGUAUGCAAAGAGAAUAACUGAGUGGCCUCCAUUUGAAUACAUGAUCCUGGCAACGAUUAUCGCCAACUGCAUCGUUUUGGCCCUGGAGCAACAUCUACCUGCCAAUGACAAGACGCCCAUGUCAGAACGCCUGGACGACACAGAGCCCUACUUUAUUGGAAUAUUCUGUUUCGAGGCCGCCAUUAAGAUCAUCGCCUUGGGCUUUGCGUUUCACAAAGGCUCAUACCUCCGCAACGGCUGGAAUGUAAUGGACUUUGUGGUCGUCCUCACAGGGAUUCUUGCCACGGUAGGCUCAGACUUUGACCUAAGAACUCUGCGAGCCGUGAGAGUCCUGAGGCCCCUGAAGCUAGUGUCGGGAAUCCCCAGUCUCCAGGUGGUGUUGAAGUCUAUAAUGAAAGCCAUGGUUCCUCUGCUGCAGAUCGGCUUGCUGCUUUUCUUCGCCAUCGUCAUCUUUGCCAUUGUCGGGAUGGAGUUCUACAUGGGCAAAUUCCACCACUCCUGUUUCAGUCCCACUGGUGAUAGGGUGGUCGACUGGCCUUGUGGUUCCGAGCCACCAGCCAGAACUUGUCCUGAAGGAACCGUCUGCAGGUCUUACUGGAUCGGACCCAACUUUGGCAUCACCAACUUUGACAACAUCCUGUUUGCGGUUCUUACCGUGUUCCAAAGCAUCACCAUGGAGGGCUGGGUGGAUGUCCUCUACAGCACCAACGAUGCCGUGGGAAACACGUGGAACUGGCUCUUCUUCAUCCCUCUCAUCAUCAUCGGCUCCUUCUUCAUGCUCAACCUGGUGCUUGGUGUCCUGUCAGGAGAAUUUGCCAAAGAGCGAGAGCGAGUGGAGAAAAGGCAGGAGUUCCUGAAGCUCCGCCGGCAGCAGCAGAUUGAGAGAGAGCUCACCGGAUACUUGGAGUGGAUCUGCAAAGCAGAGGAGGUGCUGCUGGAGGAGGAGGACGAGAUUGCUGAGGAGAAAUCGCCGCUGGACGGAGCGUGGUACAAGAGGAAACAAAACCUGUCAGUUCUGAAGAGAGGGAAGAUCAAGAAGGGUAAAAAUGACCUGAUCGGUGCAGAAGAGGGUGAAGAUCGCUUUGCCGACCUGUCGUCUGUCGCCCCCCCCGGCUCUCCGUUCGGCCGGGCCAGUGUGAAAAGCGGCGGGAAGAUGGACAGCUCCUCCUACUUUCGCCGUAAAGAGAAGCGGUUCCGGUUCUUCAUCCGCCGAAUGGUGAAAGCCCAAAGUUUCUACUGGAUCGUUCUAUGCGUGGUGGGCCUCAACACCCUGUGUGUGGCCAUGGUUCAUUACGACCAGCCGGAGUGGCUUACAACAGCUCUCUACACCGCAGAGUUUGUGUUUCUGGGCUUGUUUCUGACGGAGAUGACGUUGAAGAUGUACGGCCUCGGAGGGAGGAAUUACUUCCACUCGUCCUUCAACUGCUUCGACUUCGGGGUGAUUGUUGGAAGUAUAUGUGAGGUCAUCUGGGACAUAAUCAAGCCGGGAUCCUCGUUUGGGAUCAGUGUGCUGAGGGCCUUGAGACUACUCAGGAUUUUCAAAGUUACCAAAUAUUGGAACUCGCUGAGGAAUCUUGUCGUCUCCCUCCUCAACUCCAUGAAGUCCAUUAUCAGCCUGCUUUUCCUGCUCUUCCUCUUCAUCGUGGUCUUUGCUCUGCUUGGCAUGCAGCUCUUCGGGGGACAAUUUAACUUUGAAGAUGAAACACCAACGACAAACUUUGACACCUUUCCUGCGGCCAUCCUGACGGUGUUCCAGAUUCUGACUGGUGAGGACUGGAACGCUGUGAUGUACCACGGCAUCGAGUCGCAGGGUGGAGUUCGACGUGGGAUGUUCUCCUCCAUCUACUUCAUCGUUCUCACGCUGUUUGGAAACUACACCCUCCUGAAUGUCUUCUUGGCCAUUGCUGUUGAUAACCUUGCUAAUGCCCAGGAGCUGACUAAGGAUGAAGAGGAGCAGGAGGAGGCAGCCAAUAAGAAGCUGGCAAUGCAGAAAGCUUUGGAGGUGAAAGAAGUCAGCCCGAUGUCUGCCGCCAACAUCUCCAUUGCUGCUUUUGUAAAGCAAAAUCGAGAUGCACUGUCGUCUCGCAGGUCGUCCGUCAUCAGCAUUCAGUCACCUAAGGAGCAGCAGCGGUCUGCCAAGUCCAUGUCGGUGUGGGAGCAGAGGACCAACCAGCUGAGGAGACACAACCUGAAGACGAGUAACGAGGCCUUGUUCAACGAGCUGGACCCCGAGGAGCGCCUUAGGAUGUCCUCCGCCCUCCAUCUGCAUCCUGACAUGAAAACUCACACGGACCGGCCCCUGGUGGUGGAGGCCACGAACGGUGACAAAACCAGCAGCGGGGGUCAGGAGGAAGCGGGAGGAGGGCUCCGACAAGACGGGCUGGGGGACAGCUUCCACAGCCACUCCAGGAGACAUCACCGCCAUCGCGACAGGAACGGAGAGGGAGGCGACGGGCGGGGAGGGAGGCACCAUGCUCAUCAUAGAAACAGGGAGCACAACCCAGACAGUUCCCAAACUAAAGAGAGGAGAGGGAGCCACGAUGGAGGACACCGGCACCGCCACCGAGCUGGAUCUCCUCAGAAGGUCGGUGAUGCACAGGAAGGAGAAGGGGAUGAAAGAAGCCAUCGCCACCAUCACUCUCACCGGCUAAAUGAAGGGAACGGACGUUUAGCAAACGGCGAGCAGGAAGACAGUCGAGGAAGAGGAGAAAAUAACGAAGAGAAAGGUCUCCGCUCUCGUUCGGCUAAAGCUCAGUCUUCUCUGAUUGGAGACGAGUGUAAGCAGAACAGACGUUACAGAGACAGGCAGGCACACACGGAGGAGGACAGCCUCACUGGGAGUCCGCCACAGCCCAAGCGGAGCAGCUUGACUCCCAGUGAGAAGCAGGAGGAUGCCGACAACCAGAAAAACUCCACCAGAGCCAGCCAGGCCGGUCUGAACAGCAACACCAUCCGCAUCCCGGUCACCGUCACGGCUCCACCUGGAGACACCAUCAUCAUUCCCAUGAACAACAUCGAUCGUGACAACUUCCAACUCAGUGAGGAGAAGAAGGACCUGGAAGAGGAGGAGGAGGCAGCUAACGGGCCUCGGCAGAUCCUCCCGUACAGCUCCAUGUUUGUUUUUGGACAAACGAACCCGGUGCGGCGCCUGUGUCACUAUGUGGUCAACCUGCGCUACUUCGAGAUGUGCAUUCUGAUGGUCAUCACCAUGAGCAGCAUCACGCUGGCAGCCGAGGACCCCGUGCAGGCCAAUGCACCGCGGAACAACGUUCUCAAAUAUCUGGAUUACGUCUUCACUGGAGUGUUUACUUUUGAGAUGGUGGUCAAGAUGAUUGACCUGGGCCUUCUCCUCCAUCCUGGCUCUUAUUUCCGGGACUUGUGGAACAUUCUCGACUUCAUCGUGGUCAGCGGAGCUCUGGUGGCGUUUGCCUGCUCAGGGACCAAAGGGAAGGACAUCAACACCAUCAAGUCCCUCCGGGUCCUCCGAGUCCUACGGCCGCUCAAGACUAUUAAACGGCUGCCAAAGCUGAAGGCCGUGUUCGACUGCGUUGUCAACUCUCUGAAGAACGUUCUGAACAUCCUGAUAGUCUACAUCCUCUUCAUGUUCAUCUUUGCCGUCAUCGCCGUGCAGCUCUUUAAGGGUAAAUUCUUCUACUGCACCGACGAGUCCAAAAGCCUGGAGAGGAACUGCAGAGGUCAGUUCCUGGAUUACGAUAAAGACGCAGUGACAGCUCAGCCCAGAGAGUGGAAGAAGUACGAGUUCCACUACGACAACGUUCUCUGGGCUUUUCUAACGCUCUUCACCGUCUCUACCGGAGAGGGGUGGCCACUGGUCUUGAAGCACUCUGUUGACGCCACGUACGAGGACCAGGGCCCCAGCCCCGGCUUCCGCAUGGAGACGGCCAUCUUCUAUGUGGUCUACUUUGUGGUGUUUCCCUUCUUCUUCGUCAACAUUUUUGUGGCUUUGAUCAUCAUCACCUUCCAGGAGCAAGGAGACAAGGCCAUGUCGGAGUGCAGCUUGGAGAAGAAUGAGAGGGCCUGUAUUGACUUUGCCAUCAACGCCAAGCCGCUCACCAGAUACAUGCCAGAGAACAAGCAGUCCUUUCAGUACAAGAUGUGGAAGUUUGUGGUGUCGUCACCGUUCGAGUACGCCAUCAUGACUUUAAUCGCACUGAACACUGUUGUUCUGAUGAUGAAGUUCUACGAUGCUCCAGCUGAAUACGAGUCAAUGCUAAAAUACCUAAACAUCAUCUUCACCGGCCUCUUCACGCUGGAGUGCAUCCUCAAGAUUAUCGCCUUCAACCCUCUGAACUACCUGAAACAACCCUGGAACGUGUUCGACUUUGUGACUGUCAUCGGAAGCAUCACGGACAUUUUGUUCACAGAGAUAAAUAACAAGAUGAUAAAUCUGAGUUUCUUGAGGCUGUUCAGAGCGGCUCGUCUCAUUAAGCUGCUGCGACAGGGCUACACUAUCCGCAUCCUGCUGUGGACGUUCGUUCAGUCCUUCAAGGCGCUGCCGUAUGUCUGCCUGCUAAUCGCCAUGUUGUUCUUUAUCUACGCCAUCAUCGGGAUGCAGGUGUUUGGUAACAUCAAGUUGAACGAGGAAACCGCCAUCAAUCACCACAACAACUUUCAGACCUUCUUCCAGGCCUUAACCCUUCUGUUCAGGAGUGCGACGGGCGAAGCGUGGCAUGAGAUCAUGUUAGCUUGCCUCAGUAACCGGCCGUGCGACAAACUCUCAGGAACUUCAGGGAAGGAGUGUGGAAGCGAUUUUGCCUACUUCUACUUUGUCUCCUUCAUCUUUCUCUGCUCCUUCCUGAUGUUGAAUCUUUUUGUUGCUGUCAUAAUGGACAACUUUGAGUAUCUAACACGGGACGCCUCCAUCCUCGGACCUCACCACCUUGAUGAAUUCAUCCGUGUGUGGGCAGAAUAUGACCCCGCUGCCUGUGGGAGGAUAUGCUAUCGGGAUAUGUACAAAUUAUUGCGUUUUAUCUCGCCGCCCCUGGGCCUGGGGAAGAAGUGCCCUAACAGGGUGGCUUAUAAGCGACUGGUGAGGAUGAACAUGCCGAUCGCUGACGACAACACGGUCCACUUCACUUCCACGCUGAUGGCUCUGAUCCGAACCGCCCUGGAUAUCAAACUGGCAUCUGGCGUCCUGGCGCAGCGUUUGUGUGACGCUGACCUGAAGAGGGAGCUAAACCGGGUCUGGCCCAGCUUGUCUCAGAAGACCAUCGACCUGCUGGUGACGCCUCAUAAAUAUAACGAGCUGACUGUGGGGAAAGUCUACGCUGCUCAUAUGAUCUUUGACUUCUUCAAACAGAACCGAGCAAAGAAACUAGAGCAGCAGAACCCGUCUGGAGCUCAUCAGAGUAAACUGGGAGCGCUGUUCCGUCCCAUGCUGCCCUUCAGUCACAUCCAUGAUGUCGAGCCGCCAGUCAUCAGCCCCAAACAGGCCAUCCCACUAGAACCAGAAGCCCCGCCCAUCAACGCUUCCUCCAACGGAGAAAUGAUAUUAAGCAAGAGGAGCAACAUGAAACAUUCCCAGUCUGGAGACGUUUCUCAGGCAGCGCAGAGACCCAAAACCCGUAGGAGGCUGCAGAGAGGCCAGUCGGAGGAUGUGCAGUACUCCAUCAGACCACAGGAACAGGUGGAGCAGAAGCAGGUGGACAAUAUGUCCGACUCCGAGGGAUAUCCGUGCCUGGAGGGUCACGGCAGAGCGGCGUCGCUGCCCCGACUCAACGCCGAGUACUACCGGAGCCACCCUCGCCACGCCCCCGGGACUCACCUGGCACCCAUCAUUGACCUCAGCCCCAUAAAACGCUCGGCGUCCUCUCUGUCGCCACAGCGCCACCUGCAGGAGGUAGAGCUGAGGGAAUACAGCCUGGAACAUGUUCGGCACCAGUCUGCUACAGAUCCCCAACAGGACAGAAGCCACCAUCAUCACCACCACCACUGCCAUCGGCGCAGGGACAACGACAAAGACAAGAAGCAAAAGUCUCUAGAUACAACGUCAUCAGUGCCGCCGUCCAGCACUCUUGGUUCAUUUAUCGACCCCCAAGAUGAGGGUUUGUCCAGAGAAAGAGCGAGGGAGCGGGAUCGCAGUCGCCCCCAUGAGAGGAGACACCACUCGUCAGUCGGGGAGAAGCAGCGGUACUACUCCUGUGAGCGCUACGGCACCAGGGAGCAGGGUCACGCCAGGUCAGCCGGUCCCAGCAGGUCCACGUCUCCAGGAGAGGGUCAGGACUCCGGGUUCCUCAAACAGCAGGGGAGCUUUGCAGUUAAAUCCGGUCCUCCCUCUGGUACCAGCACACAAGGUCGUGGUCGCAGGCAGCUCCCCCAGACGCCACUCACACCUCGUCCUGCUGUGGCUUUCAAGACCGUCAGCUCCUCUGCUCCAUCCUCUAGCUCUGGCGCCGCUGCGACGGGACACCAGAGUCGCUUCAUCCGAGGAGUUUCGGAGCACGACCGCCUGCUCGAGGGCCACGAUGAGUCCCAGAUACCCGUCACCGGUCCCGGGUCAGACUCCAGCCGGCAGCAGGUAGACUCCUCUCAGCAGGCCCUUCAUGAAGAGGGCGAGGACUUCCAGGAUGCUGUGAGCAGCCAUGGAGGGGGACACAGCGUCAGGACUACUGCGUCAUCCUCACAGGGAAGCGCCGCUGCACCCACCACAGGACGGGUGGGUGGGGUGCCUAACGGGUACCACUUCACCCUCGGGUCUGGACCUGGAUCUGGGAGCAGGGGAAUAGGAGGUCUCAGGGACAAGGAGGAGGAUGACUGGUGCUAACUGGAGUGGUUCUACUGGAGGCCAGUUACAACACCAGGGGACUGGAGUGUGCUGUGAGCAGGGUUCAGAGGUCGCUCCAGCUUCCCAGCGUUUCUCACUCUUUACAGAAAAGAACCGUUUCUAUCCCCUUUAGUCGCACUGAAGUCUGGCACAGACGAGUAAAUCCACCUGAGCUGAAGACAAAAGCCAAAUGCGUCCGAGUGAAGCGGUCACAUCACCGUUCUAGUGUUUAAAAAUCGCAACAGACUUUUCCCUCGUUUGUUUUUAUUUCUGCGUAUUCAUCACCGACGUUUUGCCAAAGCAGAUUAAUAAAAAGCUGUUCUCCGUCAGAUCUUUAAGCUCUGAUUCAACCCCUACAGACAGCUGCCGGAUUAAUGAAGGGUGUCCACCGUCCGGUUUUCUUACGCCGCGCCCGUCGGACCCGAACUGUUUUCUGACAUUAAGUGGCUAAUUACCAAGUGCCUCGUUUACCUCGACGUGUGAAGAUGCAGCCUCGCCGUGGAUCAGACGGACUGAACAGAGUAAACUCGGCUGGGAUUUCAGAAACAAAAAAGGAUGCACAGAACAAAAUUUGUGUUUGAGUCUGGUAUAAAUGCAAAAAAAAUCUGCUGACCUUUUUGUACUGAUUUUUGUGGUAGAUGAAUCAGAAUUUGUCCAAAGUGAUGUAGUGCACGAGAGAGGUGUGAAACACGUGUCUGUACUUCGUCUAAAGGGUGAGCAUUUUGCCUUUAUCUAAUAUACUGCCAGCGAGUUCCAGAAAAACAGCUGAGUUUGGAGGAAAAGUGCCAUUUUUUAAUAUCCACACAAAGAUAUUUGAUUUCAGAAACUUUGAUCUCCUCAAGCAUGUAUCGUACAUUUUCUCUUUGCCAUGUAAGCCCACGUGUUACGGGUGUCCCUCCUGUUCAUCUCGUUGAUUUGAGAUAAGUAUUGUGUGAGGGUUUUGUGGGCUGAAGUACCUGUUUGUAAACUCACAGAUCUAAUAAAGAGUUGUGUUGUUGCAGAUGACUGCUGAAUUCAAAUGGUAGGGCUAUGCGACGACGACGCCCUGUAGCUUCACCCUCACAGAGUCCAGGUUCAGGCUUCAGCGCUACUUUUACAUUUGUGUGUGAAGUUUGUGAAUCAUAAUGUACGAUAUGAUGUACAGCAAAGUGACACGCUGAGGCACAAACUGUAUUAAAACAUGAAUAUGUGGA